CCGGGUGGAUGGGAACAAACUUCGGAAGGAGGAGAGACGCGGGGCCCAGGGCACCCUCGCGGGCGGACCCGGGCAGUGAAGGCCUGUGGCCGGCCGGCCGGGCAGGGCAGCGGCGUGGCGGUGGGCGCAGCGGGGACCUGCGUGGUGAGGAAGCCCUGAGCCCUCGGCGGGCUGCGAGUGACUCCCCGGCGAUGCCUCACAACUCCAUCAGAUCGGGCCACGGAGGGCUGAACCAGCUGGGAGGGGCCUUUGUGAAUGGCAGACCCCUGCCCGAAGUGGUGCGUCAGCGCAUCGUGGACCUGGCCCACCAGGGCGUGAGGCCCUGCGACAUCUCCCGCCAGCUCCGAGUCAGCCAUGGCUGUGUCAGCAAGAUCCUUGGCAGUAGGUACUACGAGACUGGCAGCAUCCGGCCUGGAGUGAUAGGGGGCUCGAAGCCCAAGGUGGCCACCCCCAAGGUGGUGGAGAAGAUCGGGGACUACAAGCGGCAGAACCCGACCAUGUUUGCCUGGGAGAUCCGAGACCGGCUCCUGGCCGAGGGCGUCUGUGACAACGACACUGUGCCCAGUGUCAGCUCCAUCAACAGAAUCAUCCGGACCAAAGUGCAGCAACCCUUCAACCUUCCCAUGGACGGCUGCGUGGCCGCCAAGUCCCUGAGCCCAGGACACACGCUGAUCCCCAGCUCAGCCGUGACGCCCCCAGAGUCUCCCCAGUCCGAUUCUCUGGGUUCAACCUACUCCAUCAACGGGCUCCUGGGGAUCGCGCAGCCUGGCAGCGACAGCAAGAGGAGACUGGAUGACAGUGACCAGGACAGCUGUCGGCUGAGCCUUGACUCCCAGAGCAGCGGCAGUGGGCCCCGCAAGCACCUUCGCACGGACGCCUUCAGCCAGCACCACCUUGAGCCGCUUGAGUGCCCCUUUGAUCGGCAGCACUACCCAGAGGCCUAUGUCUCCCCCAGCCACACCAAAGGCGAGCAGGGCCUCUACCCGCUGCCCUUGCUCAACAGCGCCCUGGACGACGGGAAGGCCACCCUGACCCCUUCCAAUACACCCUUGGGGCGCAACCUCUCGACUCAUCAGACCUACCCCGUGGUGGCAGAUCCUCAUUCACCCUUCGCCAUAAAGCAGGAAACCCCCGAGGUGUCCAGUUCUAGCUCCACCCCUUCCUCUUUAUCUAGCUCCGCCUUUUUGGAUCUGCAGCAAGUCGGCUCCGGGGUCCCAGCCGGUGCCUCGGUCCCGCCCUUCAAUGCCUUUCCCCAUGCUGCCUCCGUGUACGGGCAGUUCACGGGCCAGGCCCUCCUCUCAGGGCGAGAGAUGGUGGGGCCCACGCUGCCUGGAUACCCACCUCACAUCCCCGCCAGUGGACAGGGCAGCUAUGCCUCUUCUGCCAUCGCAGGCAUGGUGGCAGGAAGCGAAUACUCUGGCAACGCCUAUGGCCACACCCCCUACUCCUCCUACAGCGAGGCCUGGCGCUUCCCCAACUCCAGCUUGCUGAGUUCCCCGUAUUAUUACAGUUCCACAUCAAGGCCAAGCGCGCCACCUACCACUGCCGCGGCCUUUGACCAUCUGUAGUUGCCAUGGGGACAGUGGGAGCGACUGAUCAACAGGAGGACUCGGCCUGGGACGGGCCCCAGAGAGUCACACAAAGGAAUCUUUAUUUAUUACAUGAAAAAUAACCACAAAUCCAGCAUCACGGCUCCCUCCCUGUGUGGUUGAUUUAAUGAACCAUGAGAGACCGGACGACGUUGGAGAAGACCACACUGUCCUCCAGGACUCCUUAAUGAGGGGCAGGAGUCCCAGGGGGACAGAACCGUCCCAUUCCAAAGAGACAAAAUUGGAGGAGAAAUGGGGAGAGAAGAGGGGACAGCCAGAGGCUUGAGAGGGAUGGCACAUGGGGCCCACGACGGGGUCAGGGGCACACAGAGGCACCUUUGUGGCUCCAUCACCGACACGCUCUAGCAGCCGUGGGCUGUAAGCGCUUCCGUCCAGCCCACAAGCCACAGCGGGUGCGAAGGCUCUCCCGCACCGCCGUCCUGAGAGGCACCACCUUCUCUGCGCAGCUUGCUUGGCUUUUCCUGCCCCUCCCACUCGGCCACAGGCUGAACACUGGGUCCAGCCAACCAGGAACUCCACCCGGAGGUCAAGGUGGUCAUCCGCCUUCCUUUUACCUGCUGCUGUGAACGUAGGAGCUCCAUCCCAGGUGCUCCCCGCCAUGGAACCACCCCUUGGCAGCCAGACCUCAGCCUGGCUGAGCCUAUUACAGCUUGAGACAGACAUUCCAAAGCCCCCGGGCUCCUGGGGGUGGGGUGCAGCCCUGCCCAGGGCAGAGCCAGGCACAAUGGCCGGGGACCCGCCUCCCCCUCCCAACAGCCCUGCCAAGCCCACGGCUACCCGAGAGACCCUAAGACAACCCCCCCAAAGCCAGCCAUGGCGGUUUCCUCUCUGGCUCCCACCGUUCCUGCCCUCCCCUCCCCAGGCCUGACUGUAAAUACUGUAAAUGAGGCUCUGCUUGAGUCACGCUGCCCUUUUCCUCUCAGUGAACUGUCUCCCUGCCAUGUUGGGCUUCUCCCCUUGACGCUUCUUUCUUUUUUUUAAAGACAACCCACCAUUGCCACAUGACUCAAUAAACCAUUACUCUUGGUCUCCA